UAAAACGAGAACUUGUGUUUAUUCUUUGUACCAAUUAGCUUCUGCUAGCUGAAAUCGGUACACAUUAAAACCAACAGCAAGCUAACACAUUUGGCUGCAGUUUGUGUACAGGCAGCGGCUUCAGCAAUGGCCUGUUUCGGCUAGCUAAUGCGACUGAGUUACAGACACUUUUCUCGCUUUAAAGUUAAGGCUUCGCUGCCACUUUGUUGUCUUUUUUUGGGGGCUUUGUUUUUAACAAUGCUGAGCAGCGUCGCCCUGCGGGCUCAGAUUGCCUCCAUAAUCGAUGCCCUGUCCAAAGCAGCCGUGGCAGAAAUCGCCAAAGUUGUGGAGGAUGGCGUGGUGGAGUUGCGGCUGGAAAUAUGUCAGCGUGAAAAUGACAUCAAGAAGCUGAAGGGCAACAUUGAGGUUCUGCACGACGAGCUGAGAUCACUGCAGGAGACAGUGACCCUGCGACCUGACAGCCAUGGCAGAGAUGAUGGUCAGAAUGGUGUUGGUGACGAGAGGAGCUUGCUUGAACAGGGGCCCGCUGAUAAGGACCCAAACAGCAUGUCCGUACCUGAGGUGCGGGUGAAAUGUGAACCUGUGGAGGAAGGAAGUGAAGAGGCCAGAGAAGAAGAACUGGGCUCAUAUGACAGGGACGGCGCGCAGUGGAGGCUGACAACGCAAACUCCGGCAGGACGCGACAACUCCGACUAUUUACACCUAGGGCAGAACCCUUUGUCAUGUCUCCCUGAAUCUUCUCUGGACACGGGACUGGCUGCGCCCUGUAGCAGCUCCUCUGGGUGUCAGCAGAGCGCGUUGGGCCGCGGGCUGCUGGGUUACGGUCCGUACCGUAACUCGUACAACAUCGCGCGGAGGAGGACGGUGAAGAGGUUAAUGUUUAAGAAGGGCUUCAUCUGUCCAUACUGCGGUAAAUGUUUUGAGCGAGCCGGGCACCUGGAGAGGCAUAAAAGGAUUCACACUGGCGAGAAGCCUUACCGCUGCGAGAUAUGCGGGAGACGCUUCAAUCAGAAAUGCAGCCUAAAGGAGCACACAAAGAUACACAGACGAUGUAUUGAGCCCAGUCCACUUGAGAUCAAAGUGGGCAAAGAGAAACCGACUCCCGAGGGGAAUCCAUGUGCUGAUGCUCCUCGCACCGAAGAAGAGACCCAGGGGGAAGCUGAGGACGGCCUACCUAAGAACGAGGAUAUUCUCGCAACACCCGUACACGUCAAAUCUGAGCCUUCAGAGGAGAACCUAUUACAACCAGCGUUUCACGGAGCAGCCGAGCAGACGGGGGACAACCUCAGCGAGAACUUCCCAACAUUUGCGAGAGACAGCCAGCAGUGGAUGACCAGAUUACACGGACAAAACCACGCGGAGAUCAGCGGCGCAGAGUACCUGGGCAGCUCGGCCUUCCCGGGGAAAGCUCAGUUACUGCCGCCGCCAGUCGAAGCUUCUUGUAGCACGUUCUCCUUUCCAGGGAAACCGUACGGGGAGCUCAAAAACAGCAUGGUCUCCCAAACACCGUUCGGAUCCCCAGACACGCUUCUAUCAAGCGAGGCGGGCUUGCACGGAAUGGCGGCAGCGCUGAGUCACCACAGACAGAGAGGAAUCCGGUUGAUUCAGAUGAUCAAACCGAAGAAAAGCUUUGUCUGCCAGUACUGCGGCAAGGUCUUUGAACGCGUCGGCCACCUCGAAAGACACUUACGAAUUCAUACCGGGGAGAAGCCGUACGGUUGCCAGAUCUGCGGGAGGUGCUUCAAUCAGAAGAGUAGCCUCAAGGGCCACAUGAAGACGCACAGGAAUGGGGAGAACGCAGACGGGCUGGAGGCCCAUCACAUGAUGUUUACGAUGCCUGAUAGCCAGCCUUUGAAGAACCUGGCAGAAGCCAAGACCGGAUUGUCAGCUUUAGAGGAACAGUUCCUGGGCACCGCGUACGGCGAGGCAGCUGGUGAGCAAACUGUGACGGUUAAGCUGGAGCCAAACGGGGAGGAUUUCCAAACUCUACUGACUGAUAACGGCACCGGAGCACCCGACCACAGGCAGCUGUGGACAUCAGGGAUAGAGAAGAGUAGUGAUCCUGACCAAGCAGUCUGUGUGCUUUUACCUGAUGCCAAGUAUCACCUCAAUCCUGCUGCUGGAGCAGCCAACGGGCAGCAGGGAUUUACAUCGCCGAUAAGGGAUCUGCCUUUUCUAGACGACAAAGAAAAGGAAGAAACGAUGCACAAUAAUCAGUAUUCUAUGAUGGGUAUGCAAUCAAGAAGCUCUGAUAUGACUCUGGCACCUGAGCUGCAAGAUCAACAUAUUGCACCAGAGACUGUCAAUGAGUACACAGCACUGAGUGAUAGGGCUCGCGAGGGAGGUGUGUUUGAAUUUAAUAUGAGCGCCUCAGGCAACCAGGCGGACAACUGUGACGGGGAUGCCGCAGGGCAAAAUUGCUUUAUAUGCUCAAGUUGUGGGAAAAGCUUUGAUAGUUUUAAUUUAUUUCAGAGGCACCAGUGUAAAAAUAUCACAGAGCAAUCCUUCAGCUGUGAGAUAUGUGGUAAGAUUUUCAAUCAGAUGACCAUCCUCAAAUUGCACCUUAAACUUCAUGUAUGAUAUACACUACAAAAGGAGAACUACGCGAUUCUCCACCAAGCUUCAUCACAUUCAGUCGUAAAACAUGGCAAAGUGCACACGGUCGACAUGCCAAUGUGACAUCUAAAUAAAUGCUCGGCAUGUCCCAGAAGUUAAUGCAGAAGAACAAAAAAAAAUAAAUCAUUAGUUUUGUAUUUGCAGGACUGAUUCAUUACAAUCUUCUUCGCAGUAAGGCCAGUCCGUUUAGCUUCUGUCACAUUUCCAGUACAUGUACUUUGCACAAAAUGUUUUCCUUUUAAUUUGACCUACUUCAUCUCCUCAUUUAUAAAACACUUUUUUAGAGGUGAUUAAGCAUUGUUGGGUGUUUCACACUGUUGAUCCUUGCUUGCUUAAAGGACAAUUCUUCACAAAAUGAACUUAGGGGUUAAUAACAUAUGUGUUAUUAUUGUUACCGAGUCGAACGUUCUCUGGGAUCUGUUCUCAUGCUAAUCGAAUGCGUCACUAGCUUUAAACAACCUACCGCAAAAACGGUGUUUAGCUUUUGGGGCACUUGGUAAAUCACUAUUUUAUACCACUAACAAGGCUCAAAAUAGCACCACACUUUAACGGUAGCAUAAUGAGGGUCCCUACAUUUAAACCGAAGCAUUGAGAAUGUUGUUGUACAGCCAGUUUAUUAAAAAGGUAGAUUAUAAAGACCGUAGUGUUCGUGUUUACAUUCAGACGCCAUCUUGGACAACAAGUCAUGACCAGUCAAACCACGAACGCCGUGCAACCAGUAACCAGUAACAUAGCUCAAACACACCGUUCGCUUUAAAACUAGCCAGGUCUGGUCUUUGGAGUGGCUUUAAUUUUUUUUUUUUUAUUUCAAAACAAUCCUUCUUGGGACCAUUUAACCAUUAACCGAAUAAGAAUUUUGACCAAAAAGGCUGAUAAAUCUCUACGGAGGGUUACCGUGAAAAGAUGCAGUUAAAAUCAGCUGUAUGUUUCCAUGAACGGAGCAUGUUAAAAGCAGUUGAUAAAGACGGUCAUGGCUACUGGAGGAGCGGAAGAACUUGAAAAGCCGUGAGUGGGUUGAGUUACCCGAGAAAAGGGGGCUUUGAGCCGGGUACAGGGCACCGCGAGUUGCUGGUUGUUUUGGAUUGACAUUAUGGUUAAGUUUAGGCGACAAAAAGUGAGUGUUAUGCGGCACCAAAACGACUAGUUAAGUUUAGGAAAAAGAUUGUGGUUUGGAUUAAAACACUGCCAAGGAACACGCAUUUCCGGGGUUGAAGUCCUUUGUUUUUCCCGGGAAAGCGAACUCCGCUCCCCGGCUUGACCGCGCUGCUUUUUUAUUAGUUCUAUAAGUAAUGAAUGGAAAGCAUUUAAAAAAAAAAAAAAAAAAAAA